CCCAGGCCGGCAGCUCCCCACAUGCCGCGUGUGCCCACCUUGAGCCCCGUGGGUGUGCCCGCCCCGGAUGCUGCGUGUGCUCGCCCCGGACACCGCGUCUGCCCGCCCCGAGCGCCGCUCGUGCCCGCCCCGGCCCCGCGUGUCCCUGUCCCGCACACGGCGGUUUCUCCCCGCUGCCGCUGAGCCCGAGCCGCGGGGCCGGCGCUGUGCGGGCGCUCCGCCCUCUCUCGCAGUCACCAUGGCGGGCGCGGCCGUGCUGCGUGUGCGGCGGAAGCGCGGCGGCCCCGAGCCGGCCGAGGCGCUGCUCCUGGCCUGCAAGCGGCGCCGGGCCGAGCCCGUAGAGAACAACCUCUUCAAACUGGUGGCGACCGUGUCCUCCAAGAACGAACCAGUUCAGAAGUAUGUUAAAGAUGCCAUCACGCGGGACAAGGCAGCUCAGAGCCUGCGGCCCCCUUUGGGAAGCGCCCAGCAAAUCCUUCAGGAGCUGCGCUGUGCCAAGCAGGCGGAAAGGAAGGAGAAGCGGUACCGGGUCAUUUCCAGCCACCGGCCCCACUGCGCCCACACAGCUGCACCUGCCACAGACGGACAGGCCGUGCCCCACGGGGACAGGUCGGGGUCUGAAGCACUGCAGGAUGCUUCACCAGAGGAGAGCGGUGCUGGGGAUAAAAGUUCAGACUGCUGUGGGAAAUUCCAGCUGUUUGAUAUUAUACAAGAAGAGGAGACAGUGGGAGAUUCCAGUGUUACCACUGCAAACCCACAGCAGAAGACCAAUCCAGAUGCAAUCCUCUGCAAUGCAGUAGAGAUGAUCCGUGAGCGUUUAAACAUUUCUGAAGAUGGUAAAGAACAACAUGGUCACAAAGAAGAUGAGUAUGUUUAUGACAUCUACUAUAAAGAAACAUCAGCCCCUGACUGGAUUGAAAAUAUCCUCUCUGUACAGCCCUAUAGAGAAGAAUAUGAAUGGGUAAACGAUGAUCCUGGUCCAGAGGAAGUGUAUGACGAUGAAGAUGAUGAAAAUGAUGAAAAUAACUGGCGUAAUGAUUAUCCUGAGGAAGAUGAAUUCUUGCCUGAGGAAGAUGGAGAAAAAGAUUCUGAAGAGAGCUUCAGUGAUGAGGACCAAUGUUACAGAAGAAGAACAUGGGACAAAUAUCGACAGGAGGUUUUGCAGGAAUUUGGAUACGAUCAGAUUGAAGAUUUGGGUUCUGACUAACAGCCUGGUUUUGGAGAUGAAAUGCACACUGAAGGUGAACAUUUGCUGCUGUAAGAGAAUCGGAGCAGCCACCUUCAACUGAUGGACAUUAAACAGAUGGGUGUGUUACAGGUAAAAGUUAAGUUAUGUUAGAUUAGUGUAUAGUUCAAUUAUAUUGUAUAUAUUAUGUAAUACUAAUUGUAUUAUGUUAAGAGUUUGGGGGGGUUAUUAGAAUGUUCUAUGAGAAGGGUCCAGGGUUGGGUGGAAUGGAGGUCCGGUGUGGCAAGGUGAGGUUGAAGAGGGUUUGGAUGGAAGAUCUGACCAAUCAUUCGAAGCCCUGCAGAAACGAUUGGUCCAGAAUGAACAGCGUGUGUAGUGGAGGAAAUGUACAAGACCAGUGAGGAGCCUGGAAAUGGACCAAUCACCAUGGGAUCCAUAAUGGACCAAUCCUGGACUCGAAGGGGACUAUAAAUGGGGGGAGUUUGGUGGGGAUGGGGUUCUUCUUUUUGGAAACUUGCUUUUUGGGGAGAACCCAGUGCACUUGGGGAUAGUGUUUUUGGCUCGCUGUGUGGGUGCUUGGCCUUAUCCUAGGUAUUCUGUUCCUUGCAGCUGUUUUAAUAAAUGACACCUCUUUUUCCAGAGAAAAUUUGACCUCGUUCAUAUUCAUAACAGGCGUGUUAUAAAUGAUCAAUCGAAAAGCCAAAUUAUCAAAAUGCAAAAGAUUUAAUUUUCUGCGACCAAAUACAGUCCUCAAAAACCACAGCCAAAGAGACAGCGUUGAGCCUGGGGUCGGCGCUCGGUGAACCUGGAUCUGACCUCUAUCGCAUCAGACCUCCCUCUGUUCACGAGUGCCGCUUCCAGCAAGGCUAUUUUAUACAGUUUUUCAUGCCUGAGCCAGAGGCACCCCGAUUUCUUUUGUAACCCUGCAUAUGCAUAAGAGUUUCUUUCCCUGUGCAGGGCUGAGCAUCACUCAACGCCCUUGGUAGAAGUU